UGCAUGUCACGGAGAGGGAAUAAUGGCCCUGAAAGGUAAACUUGGCAUAGGGAUGCUUCCUUUGUCAGGGAUGUUUGAACAAGGACAAAACCAGCCGCCAGCCUCUCCCCUUCUGCAUCUUGCCAGGGACAGGCAGAGCCGGGGAGAUUAACCAGAUGGGAAUCACCCUCAAUCUCAUGCCAGCCUCCACCGCACUUUGAACCGCUUCGGCUGGAGCAAAGCGCCGUGUCUGUGACCUCGGCCCACCUCCCCUUCCCCUUCCCUUUCCUCCUGCGAGUCCAGGCUCCGUGGCUUGUCGGUCGAUAGUCGCCUGUUGGGGCUCCCCCGUGUCAGGAGAUGUUUGAAGAUGCGGAUGAGACCAAGGAGACGGAUGGGAGCCUGCUGGGUGACUCGAGGCAGACUCCACCAGGGAAGAAGGAGAACAUGAAGUGGCAGAAGCCCCGGCUCACUCGUAAGGCACUGAUGAAAUGCUGCCUGGUGAAGUGGAUACUCUCCAGUGCUGCACCCCAGGGGUCCGAUAGCAGUGACAGCGACUUUGAACUGGAAGCUGUCCGGCAUCAGCCAGAAGGGCUAGAUCAGCUGCAGGCACUGACCAAGUUCACCAAGAAGGAGCUACAAUCACUCUACAGAGGCUUCAAAAAUGAGUGCCCCAGUGGCCUGGUGAACGAGGAAACCUUCAAGCUGAUCUACGCUCAGUUCUUCCCUCAGGGAGAUGCCACCAUGUACGCCCACUUCCUCUUCAAUGCCUUUGACAUGGACCAGAGUGGAGCCAUCCGCUUUGAGGAUUUUGUCGUUGGCCUCUCCAUCCUGCUGCGUGGGACAGUGCACGAAAAGCUAAACUGGGCGUUUAACCUGUACGACAUUAACAAAGACGGCUACAUCACCAAGGAGGAGAUGCUGGCAAUAAUGAAGUCCAUUUAUGACAUGAUGGGCCGCUACACACACCCGAUCCUGAGGGAAGAUGCUCCGAUAGAGCACGUGGAGAAGUUCUUCCAGAAAAUGGACAGGAAUAGAGACGGUGUGGUGACAAUCGAGGAAUUCCUGGAGACUUGUCAAAAGGAUGAGAACAUCAUGAGCUCCAUGCAGCUGUUUGAGAAUGUGAUCUAGAACAUUGGGAAAUCCCUCUCAUCUCUGCUGGCACGCCCGGGUCUGGCCUGCACACAGACAGACGCGUCUGUCUCUCUCUCUGAAGCACACACAGAUCUUUCUGAGAAGAAAAAUAAACUUUUUUUUUAUAUUUAAAAACAAACAUAGAAAGAAGUGAUAAUGUUUGCAUCCGACACACACCAGAUUCUCACGCUCCAACUGCAAGAGGAGACACAGAAAUGGGACUUCAACCCUGCAGACAGAUUUUGGUCAGCUCCUUCUAGGGUAGAGCAAAAGCACAAUGGAUGGCAUCCAAUGAGGAUUGAAGUCCACCAGUCCUGAGUGAAAUGACCCAGUUUUUUGCAGGGCACUGGAUUGGAAAGGAAAGAUGUGGUGGCCUUUCUUUUCUCCGGCAUCUCACCUCCCUCUGCUUGAGGAUGGAGGAAGGACCUCCCUAUGAAGCAUUUGAGGAAACAUAGUGAUGAGACCCUAACUUCCACCCUCAGGAGCUUAAAGUUUUGCAUUGUUUUGGCUCAGAUCUGUUUCUAUUAAGUUCUAUUGACGGGAGUUGAGGAAUACAAUGGAAAAUUGUUCCUCUGUGGGAGCAAGACUUGCCAGGCCGUGAGUUAUGAAUAUGCCCAAAGCUCCAGGCUGCAACUGAAAAUCGUAAGUCAAAUGGAGCAUGAAGUAUUCUGUCUUCAGGGUCCUUUUUCAACACUGGAUUUAAAAGACUUUUUCUGUUUUAAACCAAUUGCUUUCUUUAAACAUUAAACACACCGUCUCUGGGGUGAUCUGAAACCUGCCCCUGGGCAAUCAAUCCCUAAGAGAAGCAUGAGCAUUGAAAAAGCCGAUUGGAAGUCAAAGCACGUAGAGCUACUGUAACUAAAAAAACUAUCCAUUUUACACCCUGAUGCAGAGCCUGGAUCUGAGUGUCCAGACAUGAACAGAUGCUUCAUGCUCCAUACUGUCUUUGAAGCAUGCGGGGAAGGCAGGAGAAGCAUGACUCCAUCCAUCUCCUACCCAUGAUCAGCCAGUAUGAAGGAUGGCAUCAUUUACUGCUCAGUACAGGCUAGCAGCAAAUGACUAUCCACGCCAGGGCAAGAAGAGGAGGCAGCAAAGAAACGUUAACUCAGGAGAGGAUCUCUGAGGUACACAGGAGUACUGUUGGGUUGAUGUAGCCUGUACCACACCCCUCGCAAGGGACUGUGCCUUGAGUGGGAAUCUAGCUAUGGUGAACAAGUUAUGGGUUGGUAGGGAAAAGAAGUGCUGGGUUGGUAGCACCUUUUCAAGAGACACAUUAUUCUGAAGACUAAAUCAGGGGCAAGGGUGUAGUAAAUGCAGCCUUGAUUUGUGACAGGGAAGAUACUAAAUAGCUGGCUACUCCAUCUAUUGGGAUUUCCUGCUGCCAACAUCUGGGAAGCAGAACACUUUUUGCCUUGCAUCUGCAAAUUGAUAUAACUUCUCCCUUCACUGGAGAAGAAGCCUUGAAAGUACCUACACCAGGGGUGGGCAAAAUGUGGCCCAGGGGCCAGAUGCGGCCCGCCAGGCCAUUCUAUCCAGCCCGCAGGGCCCCUAAAAAAUUUGGAAAAUUAAUAUCAAUCUGCCCUGGGCUGCCUGUCAUGCAGCCCUUGAUGGCUUGCUGAAACUCAGUAAGCAGCUCUCUGCCCAAAAUAAUUCCCCGCCCCUGACCUACACCCUUGACUUUCAGGUCCUUCUGCAACCUUGGAUGGGUUUGCUUAGUGUACAACCUCACCCCUGUGUGGGUGGAGCUGUAUCUGGUGAGAGAGCAGAGCCUGAUGGAAGAAAGGCCACCAGGCAUGAGACAUGACAUGAAGUUGACUCUGAGGUAGGGUUUCCCAAAGAUGCAGGGGAAAAGAACGUGCCAUGGUAGAAGCUCUCUCCACUGCUGCUGAAGCUCCACCUCUUCCUCACAGCUCCGAUAAAACAAGGCUUCCUCUAUGCUCCUAGCCCACUUUCCAUGUCUAAAAUAGGACCAGGACCAAGAUUCAGUCACCUUCUCCUUUCUUUCAGUGCUUGGUGGCCAUCGCUUUCUGCCCUAAGCCCUGAUCAUGUUUUGGUCUCCCAUUGUCAAGAAGGCUGUGAAUUCUGGCUGUGUCUCCCUCUCGCCCUGCCCCGAGCCCUCUCUGGACGCUGUGAGUUUGCACUUGAUAUUUCCUGACAUAUGUACAGUAUAAGGAAUGGCCGCAUGUCUCACUAGCAGUAGCCUCUCUACUGGUAUCUGUAACCUCCCACUCAGCCUCACGAUACCACUGGGGGAGACAGAUGCUGGCUCUCAUUCUCUAUAACUACUUGAUAUUCAGUCACUGUAUAUUUUAAUAAAAUAAACUUCGGAAAAAAAAAAA